AUGACUUUGGCUACCUUCAUGCUUUCUAGGGAAGCUAGAAUUUGGUGGCAGGGUGCCUUGCAAAGGAUGAUAGCUAAGGGCACUCAUGUUAAUUGGGAGAACUUCAAGCGACUGUUCAUGGGGAAGUAUUUUUCGCAUGACGUGAGAAAUAGGAAACAUGUGGAAUUCUUCGAGCUAAAGCAAGGAGAUGACAUCAUGGCUGAUUAUGUGUCUAAGUUUGAGGCACUAGUUCGAUUUUGUCCCAUGUAUGAUGAUGUGGGUAAUAAGAAGGUCAAGGGUGUAAAUUUUGUGAAUGUUCUUCGCCCUAAAAUUAAGCAAGUUUUCAAUUAUCAAGGGAUCACUUGUUAUCAUGAGCUGGUGAACAAGUUUCGGGUUUAUGAAGAGGACAAUCGUGCUAGGGUGACUCAUUAUAAGAGUAAGGGACCGAUGAUGAGUCAAAACAAGUUUGGUUCAUCUAGUAAAGGUAAGCCUUACACUAGAUCUAUUAGGGAUUCUAGUGUCAGGGGAGGUAGUCAAGCUUGA